AUGGGGUUUUCCUUGUGCCCCCAACCACUUAAUUCUUCUUUCAUUCAUCAUCGAUUCCGGCCGUCCAUUCCGCUGGGAUUUUACAGGACGAAGGUUUCGUGUCCGCGAGCAAUGCAGCAAGGAGAGGAAACUGAGAAUGCGGGAAAAGUGUCGGUUCCUCACGUGUUGACGGUGGCUGGCUCCGAUUCCGGCGCCGGCGCCGGCAUCCAAGCCGACCUCAAGGCUUGUGCCGCGCGCGGUGUUUAUUGUUCCACCGUCGUCACCGCAGUCACAGCUCAGAACACCGUCGGUGUACAGGGUGUGAAUAUCGUCACUGAGGAUUCCGUUAGGAUGCAGUUGACGUCGGUGCUAUCUGAUAUGCACCCUGAUGUUGUCAAAACAGGUAUGCUGCCUUCACCUGGAAUAGUCAAGAUCCUCUGUGAAAGCCUCAAGGAAUUCCAAGUGAGAGCUCUGGUGGUAGAUCCUGUCAUGGUAUCUACAAGUGGUGAUGUGCUGGCUGGUCCCUUGAUUCUGUCGAGCCUAAGGGAGGACCUUCUUCCCCUGGCUGAUGUAGUAACGCCAAAUUUAAGAGAAGCAUCUGUUCUACUUGGUUGUGCACCAUUGAAAACAAUUGCUGAUAUGCGUUUUGCUGCAAAGUCUAUACAUGAUUUUGGCCCUCGAAAUGUACUUGUGAAAGGAGGUGACCUUCCUGCAUCAUCUGAUGCUGUCGAUGUCCUGUUCGAUGGUAAGGAGUUCCAUGAGUUCUGCUCAGCCCGGAUAAGGACUUCAAAUACCCAUGGAACUGGCUGUACUUUGGCUUCAUCUAUAGCUGCUGAGCUAGCUAGAGAAGGUGGCGCUACAAUAGUUCAACUAAGAGAGAAGGAUCUCGACACCGGGGAUUUUCUAGAAGCAGCCAGGACAUGCCUCAAAAUAUGCCGGGCCCAUAACGUGCCUUUCCUCAUUAAUGAUCGUGUUGACAUCGCCCUUGCAUGUGGGGCCGAUGGGGUCCACAUUGGCCAGUCGGACAUGCCAGCUCGUGUGGCCCGGGCCCUCCUCGGCCCGGACAAAAUCAUCGGUGUCUCGUGCAAAACUCCCGAGCAAGCCGAGAGAGCAUGGACCGAUGGGGCCGAUUACAUCGGGUGUGGCGGAGUGUACCCGACAAAUACGAAAGAGAACAAUGUUAGUGUGGGAUUGGAUGGGCUGAGAAAGGUUUGUUUGGCUUCGAAGCUGCCGGUAGUGGCAAUUGGGGGGAUCGGGGUUUCUAAUGUGGGGGCCGUUGUGGGGCCCGGCCUGCCGAACCUGAGAGGGGUUGCGGUUGUUUCGGCGAUUUUCGACCGGGAGUGUGUUUCGAGCGAGACCCGGAAUUUGAUGAAAGUGAUAUUGGACUCGAUGGAUGGUGCUAAGUGA